GGGUUUGAACUACGAAUCAGUUCAGCCAACUUAUUUAAAAAUUAAGCAGAUAGCCGGUAAAUUAAUUUAAAAAAUACAAAAAAGUGCUCUAUAGAAAAGUUUGGUGUAUUUGUUAGUAUUUUUAUAAGCAAAGGUAAAAAUAUAUGGGUCAAAAUUGAAUAAAUCUGCAUUGUUUUGCUAAUGUUUGAAAAAAUUGGUGUAUAACCUAACUUAUUUUGGAGCCACAAGUGAUUGGUUUUUUGUUUGUUUUUAAAUUCCUUGUGGUUGUUUAUAACUUAAAGAUUAGUAGUAAAAAGUGUGUCAAAUAUGGAUAGAGGUUUUCACAGCCCCUUUUCUCCAAAAAGCCCAUUUUCACCAAGAUCAAGGCAAAAUAUUUCUUCCAAAAGAAUUGUCCCACCUGCUUUUAGAAAAUCUUCGAGAUUUAGUGCUUCUGGAAAAUCCACUCAGUCAGUACAAGUGAUUCUUAGAUCUUCUUAUAACUUUGUUGAGAGGUUUGGUCAAACAUUACCGGUUUUAAUAACUGAAGCCUUAACUUUCGCUGAUAGAAACACUGUUGUGACCGCAAGAAUAUCAGAAUGCGGUUACGUGUGGGUGGUCUGUGGCAGGAGACUUUUAAUUUGGCAGUACCGCCAGAGCCCCGCUCAGCCAGGCACCCCACAAAGAAAACAUGGUCUGGCAAAUCAGUGCUUUGAGCUGCAGUUACCCCAAAGCGAUUUGGCUCAUAGGGCGGAACUUGUGUCAGUUUUCUUGCAAAAUGGCUCAAAUAUACCUUCUUGCCUUGCAGUCUCACCGGAGGGUAUGGUUAGGUAUUGGCCUGCCAUAGCCCACGAGGGGGUUACCGUGGAACAGUGUGUCGACUUGCAAGGCCAAGAAUGCGACAGUUUGACGGAUGUCGAGGGGUUAGGUUGUAUCCUAGCAACCACCACCUGUACCAUUGUUCUAGUUCAACCGAUUUCCGCGGGAGGUCGACACACUUUAAACUGUAAGCCUCUUAGGACUCCAAGUGGAUGGCUCGGGGGGAUCAGUAAAAGAAUGUCCUCUUUGAUUUUCGGCCCCAUCUCCACUGAACAAUCAGCAGAAACUAGACUCGUGAGAGUUCUGAGCCUGUCGAACAACGACAACACGUGGACGGUGUACGUCCUGGCCGGUCACUCGCUACAGAAAUGGGUGCUGUCGCUCGGCGAGCCGGAACAGCUCGUGUUCGUCGCCGAGCUGAACCGACUGGUGCGCGACAAUUUCCACCACGCCGUUUGGGACAGCUGCGUGGGCGACCACGCCGAGAUCGACACGUGGCUCCUCGACAUCCAAUCGGACGGCGACAACAUGAUCAUCCUGGCCGCCGCCGUCAACAUGCAGAUGUCGCCACAAGUUCAUUAUGCCAUGAUAUCAGUUUCCACGAGAAGUAAUCAACCGCCGAACCAAGUUAAAGACUUUAUGAUACUAAAAAUGUCCGGCCUAUACAACGAAAACAAUCCCGCCGAAGUUUUAUCCUACAGAUUUUUGUUGUGCGGCACGCAUGCGUACCUGUACAAUCAAAGGUCCAUCACCGUCAUAAAACCGCAAGAGGACCCAGACGUGCUGGAGUUUAACGCGCCGCAAGACUUUUUGCUCGGUGGGUCAAUUUGCGUGAACACUCCAGUAUUUUUCUCGCGUAACAACGGCUUGGUGUCUGUGUCGGGCAAUGAUUUCGCUGGGGACCUUCUUAACUUGAGCGUAACCGCUUGCAAUACCCCUUUAGAAGGUUCAUUUAACGAGUCCAUAGCCGUCACAAACAACUUAUCGGUUUAUAAUAUGGACCCGGAAGAAUUUGCGCCCACCUCUCUUGACACGCAGGGCCAAUUGAAAGCUGCCUUUAUCUGUCACGUCCAGAAACAGCCCCAAUAUCAAGAAAUCCUCAACGACCUUUUCUCUUCCGAAAUCACCUCCCUUCCCGGGAUCGACAGUCCUCUGGACAAAACUGUGAUCAGGACCUGCCAAGAAUUAUUGGACGACAUGCCCGCCAGCGAUCCAAGAUGGAUGAAGGACGCCCCCUUAGGCAUCGGUAGUUCGUAUUCGAUGCAAGUUUUGCACCAGCUCGAAGAUAAGCAAAAAGCGUACUCGCUGUUUUUGAGGUUUUUGAAGGAGACCGGGCUGUGGAACAAGCUGUCUGCAUGCACCAUAAGAGAUGUAGUGAUGGCUACUGUACAAGUUAUAGGCGAACUUUCGGAGAAGAUCACCGCCGCAAUCGUAUUAAAAAUGCUUCCGAACAGCCUUAUUCUCGACAGUGCCGUGGAAAAGGCCAUCCAAGGCUACGAUUUCCAACCGGGAAAUGGCCUUACCAACCAGGAUAUAUUUUUUAGGGAAGUGAGCAAAGUGCACAGAUGCAUUAAGGAACUAACCGCCAAUUCCGAGGAUGUAGCUCAUUCUGAUAUGAGUCCUCAACAGGUUGUCCAACACAUCAACGACACCAACGAUAUUAUUUUAUCGACACUCAAUGAGGUAAUCCAAUAUAGGCAUCAAAAUUCGGAAUCUUUUUCGCCCAAUGAAAACACAAAACACUUAAACACCGAUUAUCUACCGUGGACUGCAGCCAGUGGUCCAAACGGCCUUAUGGACGACUUGCUGCUACAACACUCGUUAACGUACAGUUAUGGCGUUAAGUUGGCAGGCCCUGGUCAACUAAGAAACGCCCUCUUGGAUCAUUUUGUGGCCUUGACUGAUAUAAUUUUGGACGGUAGAAAGUCUCACAUCGAAAGCGUUAUGAAUGGGCCCAGAGAGGGCGCUCUAUACAAGCAGUACUGCGGAGACCGCCAUAAGUUGAUAAAACCGUUGUUGCAAGAGAAAGAGUGGGAAAAGGCUGCACAACUGGCGGAGAAAUACCUGGAUUUUGAAACGCUGGUAGUCAUUUGCGAGUACACGAACAACCAAAACCGUCUGGACGAGUACAUGGACCGUUUCAACAACGACGGGUUCUCCGAGUACGUGUACAACUGGUUCUUGAAGGAGAACAAGCAGGGCAAACUGAUCGACAGGUACCGCAAAGUGGGCAGAGGCAAGAGCUCGCAAAAGUUGACCAACUUUCUCUCCGACCACCCGUCGUUGUCGUGGAUGCAGCAAAUCUUCGACAGAAAGUUCGUUUUGGCCGCUAACACGCUGCAGCAACUCGCAGCGGAAGAAACUGAGUCCGUGACGCGGCAAAAGACGAUGCUGAGUUUGAGCAAGUUGGCGAAGAUUGCAGGGCCGAACACGAUCGACGCCGACGAUUACGUGGACAAAAUAAACGGCGGCCUGGAUCUGAUAGCGUUCCAGGAGGAGAUUCCCGACUACGUCUUGCAGGAGUACGGCUACGACACCUCGAGGCCGAGGGUCAUCCCCGCCAAAGACAUGAUCAACUUGUACAUCUGCUCGGAGCACUCCGAUGCCGGGGAGUUGGAGUUCAAAAAGGCUCUGGACCUUCUGGGGUACGUCGAAGACGACGAGGUCAGGGAGGAGAUGCGCUUGAAAAUUUGGAGGAACGCGAUUAGGAGGGACUCGUGGGACUGCCAGAACCUGGACGCGCCCUUGGAUAUCCUGCAAAACACGCUGUUUUUCAAAAUUGUGGAUCUUUCUUUGGUUUUAGGCGUGGAUCCUAAUAAUAUUUUACCGCCGCUGGAAAAUCUAAUCGAUGACUUAAAGGAGCUACAAGACAACAAAAAUUUCCAGUUUUUGAUUAAAACUGGCUAUGAACAUGUUUUCAGAACACAAAUAAUGGAAUGUUAA